UCUCUACUAUCUGAUCUGAUUUGGAGUUUGAGCUCAAUGAAAAUGAGUACUCUGAAUGAAGCAUACCAAGAACACCCUCUUACCCUUGGUGAUAUCAUCCCCAUAGACUUUUCUUCUUCCUUGAGUUUACCCGAUUCCCACACAUGGUCUCAAUCCAUUGAUGAUGAUGAUGUUUUCUCAUUGAAAGAUGCUGGAUCAUCACCCAUGCCCACCAUAGACCUCAUGGAUCCCAAUGCCAAGAAACUCAUAAUCCUUGCAUGUGAGAAAUGGGGUGGCUUCCAUUUGAAGAAUCAUGGAAUACCCUUUGCUGUCAUUCAAGGUGCGGAAGAUGAACUCCAACGCCUCUUCUCUCUCCCACCUCAACAAAAGAUGAAGGCUCUCAGAUCCCCCGGUGGUGCCACUGGAUAUGGCAUCCCAAGGAUUUCACCUUUCUUCUCCAAGUUCAUGUGGCACGAAGGAUUCACCAUCAUCGGUUCUCCCUCUCACGAUGUAAAAAAGUUAUGGCCCAAUGAUUAUCAACAAUUUUGUGACAAAAUGGAGAACUAUAAGAAGGAAAUGAAUACUUUAGCGGAGAGUCUGACAGAAAUGGUGUUCGACGUGUUGGAGAUUUCUGAGGAAAAAAGGAAGUGGAUGGCUGCAAGCGACCUGAGAAUGGCUCUGCAGUUGAAUUUCUACCCAAGCUGUCCCGAACCGAACCGAGCCAUGGGUUUGGCUCCUCACACUGACACUUCUAUCUUCACAGUUGUUCAUGUUAAAGAAAGUGGUCUUCAACUCAUGAAGGAAGGAAAGUGGAUCAAUGUGCAGCCUCCGCCCGACACUCUCCUUGUUCACGCCGGCGAUCUUCUGCACAUGAUGUCCAAUGGACGCUUCUGCAGCCCACUUCAUCGCGUUGUGCCGACUGUGAGCAAGAAACGUUGCUCCAUUGCUUAUUUCUACUCUCCACCCACAGAUUAUGUGGUGUCUCCAUCGGUGACCGGAGAUCUUGAUGCUGCUCGUUUUCGUGAUGUGACUGUGAUGGAGUAUAUUGGGAUCAAGGCUGAGAAAUUUGGAGAGUCCCUCUCUGUCGUUAGCAUUUGAAAUGUGUUUCUUUAAUUUAUCUUUGUCU